AACGUGCGAAACGAGGAGCCUCGGGACUCGUCGGAGUGUCUGCCGGAUCCGCCGCCAUCUUCUGGUGCUCGCGCCGAGCGGAACGGCAGUCCCGCCUCCACCCAACAGGGGGCCCUCUGGCGCAACGGCAACAACUCAACGCGUGGCCCCCGGCGAGAUGAAACGUGACAACUAUUGAAUGACGCGCGUUGAGAUUCCGCGUAGACUGAGUCAUCUGGCUAGCGAUUCACAGGAAUUUCUCUGGGAUUUACUGCUACGCAAUGGUUGAACCAGUGGCAUCCAGACAUUGUGCAAACUAAAAUCCCCCAAUCUGGAGACGGCGGUCCUUCUCCAGGGGUCCGGCAUGGAGCGGCCAAAGAAACGUUCCCGCUUCCUGCUGUCUGCAGCCGGCGAGCUUUGUGAACUCUGAGUCCACCUGCUCCGGGGUCCAGCGAUGUGGAUCUGCAUGGUUUACAACGAGACGGAAACCAGCGUGGACUUCCGCCUGUGCCAGGACUUUGGCCUCAUCCUGUCCGUGCUGUCCCUGGUCUAUUUGCUGGUGUGCUUCCCCUUGGGCCUGUGCUACAACAUGCUGCUGGUGGCCGUCAACCUCUCCAACAAGGUAUCCAUGACCAUGCCCGACGUCUACUUUGUCAACAUGGCCAUCGCGGGCCUGGUGCUUAACGCGGUGGUGCCCGUGGAGCUGCUGAGCUCCACCUUCACCCGCUGGCACGCGUGGGAGUACACCAACGAGGUGUACAUCACGCUGCUCAUCCUCUUCAACAUCUCCUCGCUGGUCAUCAUGUACUCCACCACGCUGCUCAGUCUGGACUACUAUAUCGAGCGCGCCCUUCCCCGUACCUACAUGUCCAGCGUGUACAACACCAAGCACGUUUGCGGCUUCAUCUGGGGCGGCGCCGUGCUCACCAGCUUCUCCUCGCUGCUCUUCUACGUGUGCAACCACAUCUCCACCAAGAUGGUGGAGUGCUCCAAGAUGCAGAACAAGGAAGCGGCCGACGCCAUCAUGAUGUUCAUCGGCUACGUGGUGCCCGCCGUGGCGGUGCUGUACGCCUUCGCCCUCAUCCUGCGCAUCCGGAAGGAGUCCACGCCGCUGGACCAGGACUCGGCCCGCUUGGACCCUUCCAUCCACCGGCUGCUGCUGGCCUCCGUGUGCGUGCAGUUUGCGCUGUGGACUCCGUACUACGUGACGCUCCUGGUGCACACGGUGGCCGGCGCGCCGGGCUACGCGGGCGGCUCGCGCUACCUGCCCACGUACUAUUUCCUCCGUUGCGUGUCCAAGCUGCUGGCGUUCUCCAGCAGCUUCGCCAUGCCGCUCAUGUACCGCCAGAUGAACAAAAACUUCUCCAACAAGCUGCGGCGACUGCUGGCCAGGCUGCACUGCCGUGACCAGUCGUGUCCGCACGAACGCUCCACAGUGCAGCAAGUGGUCACGUGAAGCUCCCCCGCCACAUUUUCCCCUCUGCGGCACUUAUCUCACGUCCCCCUUUCCAGAGCCAGUAUCUCCGCCGCCGCCACGCCCUCGCCGCUUUGGACUGCGUUAAAGCGCGACAUAGCAAACUGUGGAAUUUCCUGUCCCCUUCCGGAGCGCGAGCCGACGGAUCCAAGAAACCACUAAGUGCUGCCAUUUUGUGUGUGUGUGUGUGUGUGUGUGUUUGCGUGUGACCAAGGGAAGCUCUCCACUAAGUCACUUUGGCCCGCAUCAUCAGCUCUUAGCUCCUCACCAUUGCAGUGGCCUGACAUCCUGGCAAUGUGAUCAACAUCUGAAUGUCACUGCACAUUCGAUAAGCUCUUCGAUAUCUCGCCGCUUGGAUUGCAACAUAUGGGACGACGAAAUGGAGUCAUUGUGCAAGAGAAACGUCAGCUAGCUAUGUUCUCAACGCACUAUGUAUCACAAGAGACAAGCUGCUUGGAAUUUCGCUGAACUCAAACAUGAAGGUCUCUUCUUGUGUUUUUUCCUCAGCUGCCGGAAUUCCAUCGUUAUUGUGCCAGGAAAUGGCGUUGGCAUCGUAGAAAAAGAUUUACAGGCCGUUCUGCUCCCUUCAAAUGCGUGAGCAUCCUUCUCAAAUGUAGUUUUUAAGUGUCUGUAUUUGGCAACCUGGGGUGGUCAAAUUUGUAGAAAAUGAAUGUAUAAUAUCUGUAUGGCAACUUUUGCCGCGCCAAAACUUUUUCUACAAUGCCAAAAAUUGUUUAAAUGCCCCCACCCACCACAAAAAAAAUUAAAUAUUUUGGAACAACGCAUUGUUAUCCAGAAGUAGCUUCGCGAUCAGGAUGUUAUUUCAGAUUACGUUUUGAGAAAUGCCUUCACGUCUAAAUAACCAGACCCCUUUGUUGUCAUUCGGGGUUCACACAUAACCGCUUUACCUCAUCACGCAGCAACUCAUCACAUUUCCAGCAAGAAUUUGGCUCCAGUGCAAAUUGCUCAGCAUUUGUUCAACUAGCAUUUGCUACCCAGGCGGCUAAUUAAGAAAAUCAUAGAGUUGCUGACUUCUUAUUUUGAGUUGAGCACUUUUAUUGUUUGAUAAUCCAUGUAGAGAAAUGUGGCAAACUCUCCAAAGUCAAACACAACUUGACUUUCAAUUUUAAAAAAACAACUUUGGGAGAUUCCGCUGUUACAUCAAGACGGGAAACUUGUUUUGAAUUUGAUUUGGUUUUAUUCACUCUACCGGAUGGCAUCCAUUUAUAGAAACUCUAAUGUGCUUUUAUGAGAUCCUACGGGCCCCUAUCAAACACGCAUUAUGUCCCAUCAGUUAAUCAUUAGCUGCUCAAAGUCCAGUGUGGCUGUUAAACCCGAGCUUCUCCCCAAAAUUUCUACCAGUUCAUGAGAUAUGAUUAUGUAACGUUACUUCAAUCAACGACAUUUUGAACUUUUACAAAUUGCUGCAUGUUGGGAUGAAUUGAUUCGAGUAGAUUUUUUUUUUUUUUUUUUUUUUUUUUUUUAUCCCCAGCAUGUUUCUGCACCGCCACCUGCUGGACAAACACCAUGAUUUGGUAAUUCUGGCUGCAUUUGUGAUCAAGACUUAGCAUUGAUUUCAACUUGAACAGCCUCCAAGUUCUCAGUUAUAUCAUGCAAUGUUCAUACUUCAACGGCAAAACCUCAUAAGGUCCAAUUGAGUCCACUUAUGCCCCCCCCCACCCCCCGCUGCGUAUGAGUGAAUAUGAUGCAAAAUGAAUGUGUUGUAUAUAUUGUGAGUGAGAGAGAUACUGUACUCUAGGGUGCUCUUCCAACAUGUAAGGUGUUUUUAUUGUACUCCCCCACCCCCCAGAGAUUUAUCUAGAUUCUCUAAGUAAUCUACUGUCAUCUGAGUCAAAGACUGAAUAAACCUUAAACUAACCAU